UGAGAAUAAUUUACCCGACUUGGAGGAAAACCCUAUGAGGCGGGCCGGCCACCGCCGCACCAUCUCCUUGAGACUCCUCGACAAACCUAGGGUUUUACUUUUAUAUUGGAGUUUCGAGGUGCUGCGUCGUUCGCCCAUCCUCGCCUCUUGAUCUGAAACCGGAGGAACUUCAGGCUUGGCACCGUCGUGAGCGAUGGCACUGGUUUUGCAUGCUGGGAGCACAAAUAAAAAUGCAUUCAAGGCACUUAUUGCAGCCGAGUAUGUAGGAGUGAAAGUAGAGUUGGCCAAAAACUUUGAUAUGGGCUCAAUUAAAACCCCUGAGUUUUUGAAAAUGAACCCCAUCGGAAAGGUUCCUGUAUUGGAAACACCAGAAGGACCUGUAUUUGAGAGCAAUGCAAUAGCACGCUAUGUUGUACGAUUAAAGGGUGAUGCUGGACUUUAUGGAUCGUCCUUGAUUGAUUAUGGUCAUGUUGAGCAAUGGAUUGAUUUUGCUUCUCUCGAGAUUGAUGCAAAUAUUAUGCUGUGGCUGAGGCCAAGGAUGGGUUUUGCUGUAUACCUUCCCCCGGCUGAGGAAUCUGCUAUUGCUGCUUUAAAGAGGGCCCUUGGUGCUCUGAAUACUUACCUUGCGUCCCAUACAUACUUGGUUGGCCAUUCAGUGACACUUGCUGACAUUGUUAUGACCUGCAAUUUGUAUCUGGGGUUCAUUCGGUUGAUGACCAAGAGUUUCACUUCUGAGUUCCCGCAUGUUGAGAGGUACUUCUGGACUCUAGUUCAUCAACCCAACUUCCAUAAGAUUUUGGGUGAGGUCAAGCAGACAGAGUCUGUUCCACCUAUCCAGUCUGUUAAAAAACCUGGUCAGCCUAAGGAAGCAGCAAAACCUAAAGCGAAGGAGGAGCCGAAGAAAGAGGUCAAGAAAGAGGCACCGAAGCCCAAGGUAGUCGAGGAUGCAGAUGAAGAGGAGGCUCCCAAACCAAAGCCUAAAAAUCCACUUGAUCUUUUGCCGCCAAGUAAGAUGAUUCUGGAUGAAUGGAAAAGAUUGUAUUCUAACACUAAGACCAACUUCCGCGAGGUUGCCAUAAAAGGAUUCUGGGACAUGUACGAUCCGGAGGGUUAUUCUUUGUGGUUCUGCGACUACAAAUACAACGAUGAGAACACUGUAUCCUUUGUCACAUUGAACAAAGUCACUGGCUUCCUUCAGAGGAUGGAUCUUGCCCGCAAGUAUGCAUUCGGGAAAAUGCUGAUUAUUGGAUCUGAGCCACCAUUCAAGGUGAAAGGAGUGUGGCUCUUCCGAGGUCAGGAGAUCCCGCCUUUUGUUCUGGAGGAAUGCUACGACAUGGAGCUCUAUGACUGGAGGAAGGUGGACAUCAAUGACGAGGCCCAGAAAGAGCGCGUGAAUGCGAUGAUUGAAGAUCAAGAGCCUUUCGAGGGUGAGGCGCUAUUGGAUGCCAAGUGUUUCAAGUGAGGCAUCGUUGGUUUAUGUUCUCCCAUCAGUUGAGUACCUUCUUUAGGUUUUGGCUCGUCCAAGUAAUUAUAGUUAUCAAGUUUUGCAUGUCGUGGACGCUCGAAAAGAUUUUUUUGAUUUAGCUGUGUGCAGCUUAUUCUUCAUUUUCUGCUUCUGCUGUUGCUUUGUGGAAGCAGCUUUUGGUCUCAUACACAGGACUCAUUAUAUUCCUGUAAGUGUAGCUUCGUGAGAAUUGUGUUCCUUGUUCUGCUGCGGGAUUUAGGUCAUAUGUGUGUCUGUGGGAGGGUGGUCGGUCGGUCGGUCCGGUUGGUAGGAACGCUUGGGAAUGAUGCGAGUCUGAUGCCGUUGGCCGCUUACUUGGUCUUCGUUUUCUGCUUUUGUGGUUCUGUGGGAGCAUUCGUUGGACAGCUUGGGGAUGAAGCGGGUUUGAUGCGGAGCCCCGCCUUGAUGCCAAAUUAUGAGACUUACUUGUUCGUGUAAGAAGCAUCUUCUGAGGAUAUUCUCUCUUUUUA